GUGGUGAGUCUUUGGUGAUAAUUAUCUUUCAAACUUUCUUUUUGCUGUCAAUCACAUUUUGAUCAUGUAAGAAAAAAACAGAUUAAUGUAUGAACGUGCAUUAUGACUGUUCUAAUAAAUGCUAAGGAGAUGUUUUGACACAUUUCUCUUUAUUUUCCAUUCAGUAUGUCGUUACCCCUCCCUGGUCUGAAACUGAUCUCUUUCAACACAUGCUGUCAGCAUUUAUUUCCGUCCCUCCACUGGCUGGUUACCCACUGAGAGGAAAUCCUAUAGCUGUGCUCCGAGUCCGAGAACACAUGGAGGCGACCGUCGGUGUGUUGGAGCGACGCUCUCUGACACGGAAUGAGAACUUAAAUGUGCUUCUCUUCUUCGCUUUGUUCACCGCAACAUCGGGAGUCCUGUCCACACUGUUCUCCUGUGGGACUGACUACUGGCUGUUGGGGGCUGCUGAACUCGGUGACGCCGAAGGUGUCCCAAGAGAUCCUCAGGAAGUUGUGAGGAUCUUCCAUGAGGGUCUUUUUUUGCGCUGCUCCUUGCCAGCAUCAUCCCCUGAAUACUCACUUUUGGACCUGUGGCUCUUGAGCCCACCGCAUGUAAAAGUCUGCCAUGCCGCCUUCCUCUUCCCGUUCCCUGCCAGGGGACCAUUUUGGUCAGGAGAGUCGCCUGCUGAACCCUACGAGCAUCACAGUGCCGUCGUUUUCAGAACCUUCUGGAGCAUCUUCCUCAUUACGGGCGUGGCCACCGUAGUCGCUGGUGGGCUAACCGUGGUCUGUGCCGCUCCGCUCUCCAACCCCAAGCUCUAUAGAGCCGGUGGGGCCCUUCUGCUCUGUGGCGGUGUCAGCAUGCUGGCCGUGGUUCUCAUGUAUCUGAUGUGGGUCCAGGUUCUGGACACCCUGGAGGAGUUUGCCCUUUGGCAGCGUGUAAGCGGUCGCCCGGCCUUCCACCUCAGCGUCCAGCACGGUCCGUCCUUCUUCCUGGCGCCGGUGGCCUCCUUCUUCUGCCUGCUCUCUGGCCCGCUCUUCCUCGUGCUGGCACAGAGCGCUCGCUCUUUAGAGCAGCACCACCAGGACAAAAGACCAGAAGCUCCAAUGCUUGAAACUGACCUGUAAGUCUAAUGUCCAUGCUCGUACAGUCUCAAAACUUACACACACACACACACGUCCAUGCCACAUCUCAAUGCGUAUAAAAUAAACCAGAUGAUCCCUCUGACCUUCAUCAGUGAGGAUAAUUGAAAUACCUAAUUUGAAAGUUUUUUUUGUUUUUUUUAAUCUAAUGAUUAGACCCGCUCUUCCUUUAUUGUAAUUGAUGAAUGGCGUUCGACAGAAGUGCUGAAAAGAAAGCUGUCUAGCUGGAAUGUGCACAUGAGCUGGACAUCAGAGAGACGCUCGGGUCACAGGCACGGAGAUAAUAAAUGAGGCUGUCACAAUCCAUUUCCUGACAGGGAGACACAUUUACGCAACCGCCGCUAGAGAG